GUCACCGAAGCCUAACAUUCGAUCACGAAUAAAGUGUAACGUACGGAAUCGAGCUGAUUUUUCCUGACCAUUCGCAGUGUUUUCGGAUUGUGACAACGACAUUCCAAUAACAUCACGAACAUCAGCAGCAUAUUACUCUCGAUAUGGAAUACCGUAAUGAUAAAGAUGCCGGAGAUAGCAAAGAUGAAUGCAAGGACAAAGUCGCCAUACCUCGACACCUUGGAAUUUUUGGUUGCAUCUGUCAUUUUGUUGGUCUUGUGGUUGGGACGGGGAUCUUCAUUUCUCCGACCGGUGUCCUUCGUGGUGCUGGAGGAUCCGUAGGCCUUUCAUUCAUCCUAUGGAUAGCAUGCGCCAUCAUUCAGACGUGUGGCGCCCUCACAAUGGCCGAACUAGCUGUCAUCAUGAAGAAGUCUGGUGGGGACUUCACCUUCAUCCUCCAGGCCUGGGGACCCCUGGUGGCUUUUAUCAGGCUCUGGGCCCUCGAAACCGUCAUCAUGCCGUGUGGAGCAGCUGUUGCAAUCUCCACCAUCUCAAACUACCUGCUGACGCCCUUUUUCCAGUGCGAGGAAGUGCCCGUCGUGUCUUUGAAAUUCCUUAGCGUGCUCUUCCUCCUCUUUGUUCUGGCAGUGAAUGGUAUCAGUGCUCGUUUAGCAUCCAGACUGGCUGGGGUACUAUGUGUAACAAAGGUAGUUGGACUCGCCAUCAUUAUUGUAACCGGGAUGUACAACCUGUCAAAAGGUUAUACUUCAAAUUUUCGGGAGCCUUUCAGCUUGGCCUCAUACGAUCCGGCUCUCCUACCAACUGGGCUUCUGUCGGGGUUAUGGGCUUACAACGGAUGGAGCGUUGUCACCACAAUCACAGAAGAAGUAAAGAGCCCUGCACGAAAUAUUCCACUGAGCAUCGUCAUCUCGAUGUCGUUGAUCACGGCGGUGUACCUCAUGACCAACGUCGCCUAUCUAACGCUUCUCUCACCUAAUGAGAUUCUUGCAUCCGAUGCGGUGGCAGCGGAUUACAGCAUCCAUUCCCUUGGAAUCAGAUGGUCGUGGAUGAUCUGGGUGUUUGUUGCGAUGUCUUCAUUGGGCAGCACCAACACCAGCAUUUAUAAAUCAUCAAGGACAAGGUUUUCAUCGGCCCGAGAAGGUCACCUCCCCGAGAUCUUAUCCAUGGUGUCCAUCUCACGUAACACGCCUCUUCCUGCUAUAUUAUCUUGUGUGAUCGCACUCAUCUUCCUCGUCGAAGACGAUAUCAUUGUCCUGGUCGAAUACCUUGGGUUUAUAGAUGUCGUAUUUGAAACGGUUACUAUCGCUAUCGUGCCUUACUAUCGAUGGAAGUACCCUGACAUGCCCCGACCCUAUAAAGUUCCGCUUGUGAUCGCAUUCGUUUACAUGGCGGCCCUCUUGUUCAUUGCUUCGAUGUCGUUAUAUGCCAACCCCCUUAGGAACUGCAUCGCGCUCAUCCUCGCUUUCGUUGCUAUCCCGGUUUAUUACGCAAUGGUGCAUCCCAAAUACAAACUGAAGAGGAUCCGGCCAUAUUCAGUGAAAAUAACACGAUUCCUGCAGAAGUUAUUCCGCUGCGUGAGACAGGAGAAAAGGACAUUCUGAUCUUUUCGCAGGACAUCCUGGAUGUAAGGAUCUAUUAUGAAGCUUCAUUGUAAUUAUGCGACAUAAUCGUCAUUUUUAUUUUGUAUACAAACUCCGGAAUAUGAUCGAGCAGACAAUGGACAUCCAAACAAACCCAAAGACACCACAGAUCAGUGCUCAAGAUAUUCAUUAAAUUUUAAUCAUCGAUAACAUUGGCGUACUACUGGGGUGGGAGAAUUGUUUAAAAUCGAAUAAAUAUUUCAAAUAUAUAAAAUACGUAUUUCAAUGUACCAACAAGAAUUUAUUAUGCAGGUUAUGGUAUUCUAAUAUCAUUCUACGUACAAAGUCAACGAAAGCUCUAAUAAUUUAUUUCAUAUUUCUUUUGCUGGUCCGCUUCGUUCACUUGCAUUUAUAAAAAGGAUUAGUAAAACAUAUUUGUUUGCUCACUGCAUUAAUUAUAUCACCAUUGGUCACUGAUGUACUGCUGGAGUGGGGUAGAGUGUCUUUGAAAAAAAGGGCUCAUAAAUUAAAGAAAUUAAUUGUAUGGUAUUAUUUUGCAUCAGUAGUUUCAUUGGAUUAUGUGUAAUUUCUGUUUAAGAACUUUCCAUGUAUUUUGAAUGUCGUGCUUAUAUAGAAUUAUUCAAUCAGUGAAGUAUCUUUUCUUUGUCAAACGUAUUGUCUCAAUUAGAGUAUUAUAACAAAUUGAAAGGUUUAUUAUGUUCAGCAUGGUUUCUAAACGGUGAAGAGCGUAGAAUAAUUUUUAAUCCAUGUAUAUACAUGUAGUUGCAUAGGGAAAUUCAGUAAUCGUUUGUAAUCGAUUACGUAGCUUUUCUUUUAAAUGUUAUUAAACACUAUUUGCUGAGAAAUAGCGGUGUUUAUAAUGUAUGAUUGUCUUAAAAUGUAUCUUUAAUUAUUAAUAGCUGUUUGGGUAUAAUACAAAGUGCCAUUAACCAUCACCGUCUCUCAAAAGAUUUAUUUUAUGACUUUAACUGUUUUUUAAAUAAGCUCCAAGUUUUCUGGCUAACAAGCGGCCUCCAUUAUUUUUAAACGCAGACGGGCUUCGUGCUCACUAAAGAGACAGGAUGAAUAUAAUUUUCUCAGCAUCAAAAUAAUAAGAAAUUAAUUCUUCUUCUUAUUUCGUUGUACGGAGUUGUGACGUAUCAAGAAUCGGAAAUAGAUCAGAAGUAUGAAGUGUUGGAAGUACUGACGAGAAGAAUUGAGAAUGCUGUACCGAGAUAAGGAAAAUACUGAAAUUACUGAGAUACGUAAAUUACUGAAAAAUGGCUGAGAGUACUGAAAUUACGGAAAAUACUGGAAUGGGCGAAGUACAGGAGAAACCGAAAUGACUGAGAUACUGGAAAUAGCAAGAGUUACUGGAUAGACGAGAUAUAUUGAGUGAGAAGUAUACCGUGUAUGGUCUUCCUACCAUUAUAAGAAAAUCACACACGGUUCUUCAACAUGGUUGUUCGGUUCCAAAGUUACUGGGAGCAGAGAGUCAGAAAUGAAAAAGACGGAUUUUACACCUGCAACUGCUUGUAUGCGGUCGAAACGAACCAGUUCGCCUGGAAAGAAAGGUUCGGCUACAGUAUUCUUAUAUGUGGUGUAUUUAGUUUUUGCCUGUAGAGUACCUUCAAGUUUUUAGUUAUGAUAUACAGAUAUAAGUUAUUUUUUCUUUUAAUUAAACGCAAAAGUGGUUAAGAU